AAAGCAUUUGCCUUAUGCGCGUCGACGAUCUAAAGUCCUCACCAAUGGGUUUCUGCGGUUGCUUCGACGGAGGAAAGAAGAUGAAAGAAAGAAAACGAUCGGCUUCAUACAAACUUCCUCCUGAUGAAGCUCCCGAAGUUCCAGACACAUUAGCUCCGGUGGAAACCACGGACGCUCGCAUAAAAGCCGCAGAAGCUGCCCAGAAAAGACAAGAUGAGUUUAAAAACUCUGCUGUAGGAAAAGCUGCACUAGCCGUUCAGAAAGCAGCAACUGCAAAUACUCACAGGGGAGAACCAGCUCUCAAGUGGCAAAUGGGCUAAUGCUUUCUCAUGCCAACUUCUGGUGUACAUUGGUUCGUUUGGGUGAACUCCCAUUUGAGCUGAGAUGAGAGGUCUCCUUAAGCAUUCGUUUGAAUGGAGAGUUUUGAGCUGUUUUGGAUGGCAAUGUGGCACAGAGUAUGUCUUUGUAUGUAGUGUAGAUCAAAUAAUAUGUGAGUUUUGAGUUUAUAUUAAAACGAAGAAUUAUGUGACUGAUCAAAUAAUAUUUUAGCGCCUUCUCAAUGUUCUCAUCGUUUUUAAAAAUUCUGUUUUUAAAAUUUUUUUGGCCUUAACAAAGAUGAGGGUGUGUCUGCAAUAUCUAUGCGCGGUUGAAGUUGAGGACAAGUUGGAUACAUUAAUAGUACGGAAUAUAUGAUAAAGAAGCUGUCUGGAAAUGCUUGGUUGCAGCAAAACUCUCUCUCAAAGGCCCUCACUUGAUCUUGUAUGUUGAACACAACUUUUUGAAUGCCAUACAUGCCAAAGUGAAUAUUUUCUUGAUCUCUUCUUUUGAUCACACAAAUGUUAAUGGGAAAGAUGCAAACUUAUUAAAAGCGAAAUAAAGCGUUAAAAAGCGAGAAGCGUAGGUGAGCGAUGGUCUAUCGCUAAGCUUUACAGAAGCGAACCCCUGUGAGAAAGCUUCGCUUUCUUCCGCCUUUCCCUGAAGUGCCGCUGCGCAAAAAGUUUCGCUUUUCUUCGCGUCUCACGAAAAGCGACGGGUCAAAGCUGACCAAGUUUUUUUUAAAGUUGUUUACCUAGGGUUAUGAUAGUUCCCAACUUCCCAUUCCUUCGUUCGAAGACUCCUGGUCUUCUUCUUCAGAACCGCAACAACCAGGAGAGGUCGCCAAUCUGCUGAGCCGUUGAGGACCUGAGUUAUUAGCCUUUCUUCUUCCAACUGCUACACUUCUCCUUUCUGUCGAUCUGAGGUAUUUCUCUUAGUCUGCUAUUAGCCUAUUAGUCAUUAGUUCAUGCUUCUAAUCAUCUUCCCCUUUCUGCCCAUUCUGGAGCUAUUUUUUUUUAACGAUUCUGGAGCUGUCUUGUAAACUGGAAUUGGUUCAACUGGUCAAGUUUAAUACUUCAAUUGCAGUUCUGCCAUGUGUGUGAUGUUGUUAAUUAUUCAAAAAGUCUUGGUGUACACCCUGGGUUACACCUUGGGGUACACAAUAUAUAAACCUUCUUUUUUUACUGCUUUCUUUACCCCUCUUCUCACACAGCUCUCUCAUCCCCAUUCCUCACGCACAUUUCUUUCUCUCCCACAUCCCUCUCUGUUCGUUCUCUUCUUCCCACCUUUCUCUCUGUUUUUUUAUUUUUUCUUUCCAGAUAUCAUGGAUGAUUUUCUAGCAUAUUUGAUGGUGGAUGGAGAAGUGACCGGAAACGAUGGAGGUUUGGAAGAUACCCCUUACCUGCGACGGAUGACGGACAACGGAAAUGGAAGAAACGUGGAAGCUCUGAACGUCGAAAAUGGGGGAGCUGUGAACGAAGAAGAUGGAGUUGCGAACGGAAAUGGUGGAUCUGUGAAUGAGGAAGAUAGAUGGUGGUCCGAACAACCCUAGGGACGAAGACUUAGGUGGGACGGGUGGCAGACCUGUGACACAAGGCAUCAACGAAGUUCCGACAUUUGACGGCCGAGAUGAUUACAGCUGUGACGGGAAGAGAAUAGCAGGGAGAACAUGAACACAGAUGUUGGAGGUAUUUUCUUUGACAUACAGACAACUUACAUACUGAGUGUCAGUGUGUACCGACAAUUAAUGUCGUUGUGUACAGAGUAGUGUCGGUAUGUAUAGACAACUGAAGAAAUCCUCAUUGAGUUGAUGCAUACCUACAAAGAUGAAUGUUGUAUCUGUGAAUGAGUUAAUCACUAGUGUUCAAUUUACCCUUAUUCAGAUUUUUUAAGUGGAAAAUUUAUAGAGGAGUUAUUUUUAAUGAGUGCAUUGACAAUAAUAAAGUGUUCAAAGUUUGUUUCAAUUUAUCACCGUAAUGACUUCGUCAAUGAGUCAUUGUAAACAGAUAAUACAAACAGAUAGAAUAUAUAUUUCCUUAAUCUCCUAGCCAUAUCUAAAAGUUACCGAUUGGAAGUUACUAAAGGUGUAUUCCACCCGAAAGUGAUCUUUUUUCUUUCCCUUUGUUUAUAGAGAGCAGAUGCAAUACUUAUUUUAGAGGGAUGUGGUGACAGAGGUGUGGAGAUAAAAAUACUUUAUGCUAAGUAUGAAAAAAAAUUCAAAUGGGUGUGCUUAAAAUGUAUGUAACUUUCAAGAGUGACGAGGUCAUGGAAAGUUAUAAUUUAUCGUUUCUAUUUUGUUUGAUGUUUGUGAAGAAAGGUAUCUUUAUGCCAAUGUAUUUCUUCGUAGCACAAAAGUAUAUGUUAGGUAGUGAGUAAUGGAAAAGAAAGGUGUAUUUGAUUUAUAUGUGCGAGAGUAUGAAUUUUGGUUCCUAGGUCUAGCUAGUUGGCUAACUAUUAUUGGUUUCAUGACUUGGUAACAAUAUAUAACUUGGUCCGUCAACCCUUAGUUCACCGAGAAAACAUUAUCUUGUAAAGGUAGGCGCUUUGUUUGAGAUGUGAUCGCUGAGUGCUUCAAACCAUCAAAAUUGAUUUCAGAUUUCCUUUCUUUUGACUGGUAAGUUCUGUAUUUGUGAUUAAUAAAGGAACCCUAUUAAAAGGGGAAACAAGUCAAGUAUUUUUGUUUGGAGAGUUUUUAAAAUACCACUACAUGCAUACUAUGUUGUAACAGCCAUUCAAUGUCUAUAUUUUAAUUUCAAUUGUUCUUCCCCACAAUGUAAAUAAGCAUCUUAAGUGUUCCAUAAUUUUGAUUCCAUUUUUAAAAUGGGUGGUAGAAUCUCUGCAAGUAAUGCUAUGUAAUUAGCUACAUAGCUCCCAUACUGAAGACAUGAAUGAUAGAAGCUACCGUUUCCAAAGCACAGCGAGAAAUUCAAGCACGCUUUGAAGCGCUAGAGUGUGGAGUCAUGGUCAUGGCGUUUGCGGAGAAUUUGUUGUUGCAAUUACCAUUAAAAUCAGGUUGUGACUACGCCAACAUGUGGAACGUUAGAUGUCAGUUUGCUAUACCACUUUGGCGUCUGAAGAAGAAAAUGAUUGACAUUUAUUGCUCCUUUUUCACUUGUAAAUAAGUUGGAGAUGAAGUGGGGUAGCGAAUGUUGAAGUUUUAGAUUUGGAUUUGAACAUGACAUUAAGUUUGUUGUAAUGUAAUUUAACGUGUCUUCAAUUUUUAUACUUGUGUGAUUAAAGACAACUUAUAUUACUACUCGUGAACUUGGACCGCAAGUCCCAAGCGCAAAUGUAUGAAUUUUAUAUUUAAAUUUGAAUGUGACAUUGGGUUUGAUGUAAUGUAAGGAUCAU